AAAGCACCAUCCACUGCCUGCAUUGGCCGCUAAAUGACCAACGCCCGAUCCCCGGUCAAUCCCCGAGCUGGCCGUGUGGAUGGCUGCUUCUGGAUAUGCUUCUCCGUGGCCGCUAAAUCCGCCGGAUCUUGUUCGGGGUCGCCUGAUCACCGCUUUCUCACUUCACCGAAGGAAAGGCCGGAAAGUGGUUGGUGCAUCCCGGCUCGACCAUUCGGAGCUCGCCGACAUCCGUGCAUCGGGCAUGAAAUCGUUCCGGGACAUAGUGGUCGACGAAUCCAAUUUGCUGCUAUGGACGGGCUUGAUAGUGCCGGACAACGUCCCCUACAACAAAGGUGCUUUCAGAAUAGAAAUAACGUUCCCGGCCGAGUACCCCUUCAAACCACCAAAGAUUUCGUUCAAAACCAAAAUCUAUCACCCGAACAUCGACGAGAAAGGUCAAGUUUGUCUGCCAAUAAUCAGUGCUGAAAAUUGGAAACCGGCAACGAAAACGGAUCAAGUUAUUCAAGCAUUAAUAGAACUCGUCAAUGAUCCGGAACCGGAGCAUCCCUUGCGUGCAGAUUUGGCUGAGGAGUUUUUAAAGGAUCGCAAGAAAUUUACCAAGAAUGCCGAGGAACAUACUAGAAGGCACAGCGAAAAACGACCCGAAUAAAGCCAUCAUGGCAGCACGUUAACGCCAAGGUGACGACGAAGCAUCGCGUGUGCAUGCUCUGAUCGGCUUCGCGGUUCGCUCGGUUCUAUACGCUGUAAAUGAUGAUGAUUAUAAUGGAAAAGUUGAAGACGUGUUGCUAUAGAUUAAAUGCAGAGGACAAGGAAUUCAUGGAACAACAAACAUGAAAAGAGCGCGUGGUGGAAGUUACUAGAUUAACAGCAAGAGCGCAUCCGGAUCCCGUUCAAUGAUUUCAUACGCGUUCUUGUUUCCCUCAACUUUGUUUUUCUUGUGAAAAGUUCGCUGGUUUCUGUCUUCUAUAAAAUCACCCCUUCCCUCCUCCUUUCUCGUUCUCCUGGUUAAGUUCUGCGUGCUCCCCCUAACGUCCUAGAAUACUUAUCACGUGCGUACGCUAAUCGAGUAUUGUUUGCAUAUCUGCCCUAACUACUGAACGGCAUAGACUUUCAGCUCUGCGAUUAUACCAGGAUUACUAUUUAUCGCGGAAACCGAACCCACAAAAUGAACUGCUUGCAAGCGGAGUGAGUUGGCCAAAGAGCAGUCAACGGCGGAUUGAAUUGGACAAAAGAAAACAAAAAAAAAUACGUCAAAGAUAAUAAAAACCACAUAGACGAGUAUUUAUUUAAA